UUUCAAUUUCACUUUUCGAAGGGAAAAGGGAAUUUGAUAUAAAUUUGGGCUAGCAGCCAAUCAAAAUUAAAGAGUCCCGCAAAAUAAACAAAAAGAUCCAUAAUCACUCUUCGGGCUCCCGAUCCAGAGAGAGAAAUUCGAUCACCGGUCAUUGAUCUAUACAAAGCGGCAUAAUUCAGAGAGAGAGAGAGAGAGAGAGAGAGGAUUUGAUUACUUGUUUUGCUGGGACGAUUUAAUUGAUGCAUUGAUCUGAUUUACAUUAAUUCAUUCGUUGAUUUGCUGAAAGGGAUUUCGCAUUUAGACAUUUCACGUUGAGGUACGGAAAUCGGUGACGGAAUCGGAAACCCUAGGAUCAUUGGGUUGGGCGGGAUUUGUUUUGGAGGAAUUCCAAUGCGGUGGUGUUCACCGCUGGGUAGAAAAUCAGGACCGUUGAAUAGCUGCGGUGGCGGAUCUGAUGGUGAGCAGUGUGUUAUCGUUUACGAAGAAUUAUUCGGACCGGAUUUUUCUGAAGGGUACUAUCGUUGGUAAUACUGGCAGCGGCUGUGGUGCUGGUGCAAGCGUUGAUUUGUUUAAUUUUCGGAGGGUAAAAGGGGGGAAGAGGAGGAUACUGGUGGAGAGAGGGGGCGGCGGAGGAAGAUGCAGCUGCACUUCUCACCUAGCAUGAGAAGUAUAACAAUAUCGUCGAGUAGCAGUGGAGGAAAUGGCAACGGAAGCGGAGAUUUGAUGAAGAUCAAGCUCGCAGCUCGCCAUAUUUCGUACCGCACGCUGUUCCAUACCAUUCUGAUUCUUGCGUUUUUGUUGCCAUUUGUGUUCAUUCUCACCGCCCUUGUCACUCUUGAAGGUGUCAACAAGUGCUCCUCGAUCGAUUGUUUAGGACGACGAUUGGGGCCAAAGCUUCUUGGAAGAACCGAUGAUUCUGGGAGGUUGGUCAAGGACUUGGUUAAGAUCCUGAAUCAAGUGAACUCUGAGAAAGUCCAGGCUGGUCUGAAGCUCCCAGACUCUUUUAGUCAGCUUGUUUCUGAAAUGAAAAACAACAAGUUCAGUUCAAAGGAGUUUGCUCUGAUUUUGAAAGGAAUGAUGGAGAAAUAUGAAAGGGAAAUCAGAGAGUCCAAGUUUGCUGAGCUAAUGAAUAAACAUUUUGCGGCUAGUGCCAUCCCCAAGGGCAUUCACUGCCUCUCAUUGAGGCUUACCGAUGAAUAUUCUUCAAAUGCUCAUGCACGGAAGCAGUUGCCUUCUCCAGAGCUACUUCCUUUGCUUUCUGACAACUCCUACCAUCACUUUGUGUUGUCAACAGACAAUAUUCUUGCUGCUGCAGUUGUCGUGACAUCUGCUGUCCAGUCAUCUGUAGACCCUGCAAAGAUUGUUUUCCAUGUCAUUACUGACAAGAAAACUUAUGCAGGCAUGCAUUCGUGGUUUGCCCUAAAUCCUGUCCCUCCAGCUAUAGUUGAAGUAAAAGGUGUGCAUCAAUUUGAUUGGUUAACAAGAGAGAAUGUUCCGGUUCUUGAAGCUGUGGAGAAUCACAAUGGAAUUAGGAAUUACUACCAUGGAAAUCACAUUGCUGGAGCCAAUCUUAGUGAUACAACCCCGCGAACAUUUGCUUCAAAAUUACAGGCUAGGAGUCCAAAGUAUAUCUCAUUGCUUAACCAUCUUCGUAUAUAUCUCCCAGAGCUAUUUCCGAACCUUGACAAGGUGGUUUUCCUAGAUGACGAUGUUGUGAUUCAACGAGAUCUGUCUCCUCUCUGGGAAAUUGACCUUAAUGGGAAAGUUAAUGGAGCUGUUGAAACUUGUAAAGGUGAAGACGAGUGGGUUAUGUCUAAGCGAUUUAGGAACUAUUUCAACUUCUCACAUCCGCUUAUAGCAAAGAACUUGGAUCCUGAUGAAUGUGCAUGGGCAUAUGGGAUGAAUAUUUUUGACUUGCGUGCAUGGAGAAAGACAAACAUCAGAGAUACUUACCAUGCAUGGCUUAAGGAGAAUCUGAAGUCGAACCUAACAUUGUGGAAACUUGGGACUCUUCCUCCAGCUUUGAUUGCAUUUAAGGGUCAUGUUCACCCAAUUGACCCCUCGUGGCACAUGCUUGGGUUGGGCUAUCAGAAUAAGACCAACAUUGAAAGUCUGGAGAAGGCAGCAGUGAUUCACUACAAUGGCCAGUCAAAACCUUGGUUGGAGAUUGGUUUUGAGCAUCUCAGGCCUUUUUGGACCAAGUAUGUCAACUACUCGAGCGAUUUUAUAAGGAAUUGCCACAUCUUAUAGUAAGGAAACAGAGGACAACACGCAUGAAAUGAGUGGACGGAAUAUGGAAGCAUUACGUAUUCUGCUGAAAGUCUCUUUUUGGAGGUAAUAUUAAUCAAUAUUCGAUUGAGUUGACUAACUGAGAAUGUGAGAAUCACAAGGGCAAUAUAUGAUAUCUGGAUUUGGUUGCUGUACCCCCAUUCUUGAAGAAGAGGACUUGUGGUCUGGAAUUGAGAUUCAUUCCUCCACCUGUAAAGUAACAUCCUUUCAUCUAUAUUUGGUUCGACCUAGGACAUCAAUUUUUCGACCUCCAUGAUGGGGUCUCUCCUAUGUCUUAGUGCUUAUAGAAAGGAAUAAUAGUACAUGCGACUGAGAAUGCAGAUCCAUGCAUGAAACGACAGAGCUACGAUGCAGGUCUCUGGGAGGCACCACACUGGCCCCAUUGGCCUUGGAGAUGAUUCUUUUCCCUUUGUUUUGUUUCCAUUCUCUAUUCAGAUUUUAUUGCGAUUCUCCUAUUAUUUACCUGUUGUUUUUUAUAUUAUUUAUUUACGGUGAUUCUAGUUGGUAGGCUUGGAGGUUUGUUGUUAUAGGGACCUGGUUGAGUUAGGGAAGAAGAUAGUUUAUAUCUCAGGUAUUUCUUCUGUAUGAUUCAGGCUUAGACAUUUUAGAUGUGCAGAUUAUUCUUUCAUCAAAUUUACAAUUUGAUAUCAACAUUUUCCUUUUCUCUGUACCCCCUUAUGCUUAUUCCUUGUACCCAAUAUUUCUUUGUGGAUACCUUUGAUUUGUAAACAAGAAAUGGUUCUGA